UCGGCCGCUGCCGGGCUUUGCCUUGAUUCGUUAAAUCAAGGAGGAAUACUUGCAGGUUGAAGAGAGGUGAGCUACUGAGCUGUUCUCUGGUGGUGGUGGCGGCGGUCUGACUGUGAGCGCGCUGCCGUGGAUGGGGCCGAGAUGGGCGAUUGGAGCGGCCGCUGCCGGGUGUGGUCGGAAGAGAGGAGGGAAGCACAAAAACACUAGGUUCUUACCAGCAGUGGGCGUGGACCCCGCUUUGGACACGUGGCACGUUUUUAUUGGACAGUUCUUUUUUUUUUUUUCGAAAACUCUUGCGAUGCAACCCCACCAUCACCAUGCACAUCACCAGUUCAGCACGUGCUCGAUGAGCUCAGCCCCUCCAUCAGAAGCGUUUGGACGAUACUACACCGAUGAAGGGUUGAGACAGAAAAGACAGUUCGACUUUUUAUCUUUCUUCUCUUCUGGUUCCUUAACUGGCAUAGGGAAAAUAUAUUUUUAAAUGGCUGAGGACACUUCUUCUGGUGUUGAAUCACCACGGCCGCGGUCUGGGCUGCUAAGAGAUCAAGUCCAAGUAGUUAAAAGAAAAGACUCUCAUCGCUUUGAGAUUGUCCCAAUCCAAGAUCCAUUGUCAUUUGAGAAAGGUUUCUUUGUAGUAAUUCGUGCAUGCCAGUUGUUGGCUCAAAAGAAUGAGGGCCUGAUAUUAGUUGGAGUUGCGGGCCCAUCUGGGGCUGGGAAGACGGUGUUUACUGAGAAACUGCUCAACUUUAUGCCCAGCAUUGCAGUCCUAGCCAUGGACAAUUACAAUGACUCCAGUCGUAUUAUUGAUGGGAAUUUUGAUGACCCACGUUUGACUGAUUAUGACACUUUGCUCGAGAAUAUUCAUGGCUUAAAAGCGGGGAAGCCUGUUCAGAUUCCUAUUUAUGACUUCAAAUCUAGUUCUCGCAUGGGCUACAGGACAAUGGAAGUCCCUAGCUCCCGCAUUGUGAUUAUUGAAGGAAUAUAUGCCUUGAGUGAAAAAUUGAGGCCUCUGCUAGAUCUUCGCGUAUCUGUUACGGGUGGAGUACACUUUGACCUUGUAAAACGGGUUUUACGGGACAUCCAACGUGCUGGCCAAGAGCCUGAAGCAAUAAUUCACCAAAUUUCUGAAACGGUGUAUCCUAUGUACAAGGCUUUUAUUGAGCCGGAUCUACAAACGGCACACAUAAAAAUUAGGAACAAGUUUAAUCCAUUUACUGGAUUUCAGAAUCCCACAUAUAUUUUAAAGUCAACCAGGGCUAUGACAGUGGAUCAAAUCAAGGCCGCUAUUUCAGAAGAUCACAGAGAAAGUAGAGAAGAAACCUAUGAUAUAUAUCUUUUACCUCCAGGUGAAGAUCCUGAAGCAUGCCAAUCGUAUCUGAGGAUGAGAAACAGGGAUGGCAAAUACAGUCUGAUGUUUGAGGAAUGGGUUACAGAUAGUCCAUUCAUUAUAUCACCCAGAAUAACUUUUGAAGUUAGCGUGCGCUUACUUGGGGGGCUGAUGGCCUUGGGCUAUAUGAUUGCGACUAUUCUGAAAAGAAGCAGCCAUAUCUUCGCUGAUGAUAGGGUGUGCGUGAAAACUGAUUGGUUGGAACAACUAAAUCGGCAGUACGUUCAGGUGCAAGGAAGGGAUCGUUUAUAUGUUAAACAUGUUGCAGAGCUGCUGGGCUUGGAGGGCUCAUAUGUUCCGCACACUUACAUAGAACAAAUUCAGCUAGAGAAGCUUGUAAAUGAUGUCAUGGCACUGCCAGAUGAUUUGAAGACAAAACUCAGCAUAGAUGAUGAUGUGGUUUCAAGCCCGAAAGAAGCACUUUCCCGAGCCUCUGCUGACAGGAGAACACAGUAUCUCAACCGUGCACAUUCAUUUUCAACACAACGUGACAAGAAUUUAUCCAAACUGACGAGACUUGCAGUGCAAAACAGAAGGUUUGAUGGAAGAACCCUUGAGUCACCUGCUUCACUUGCAAACCAUGGCGUCAUUACUCAACUGUCGGAACAAAUUUCUACACUGAAUGAGAGGAUGGAUGACUUCACAAAUCGUAUUGAAGAAUUAAAUUCCAAGUUCUUUAUCAGGAAAGUCUCUGCUAGCCAGCAAAAUUUGGCUCUGCAGGCUGAAGCCUGCAACGGCUCUGCACCCACUUCUCUUUUUAUGGCUGGCGUGGGCAAUGGUGUGUUGACUGGAUCAUUACUUCCUAGUUCUUCAUCUUCUUCCCAAUUGGCUAAGGAGUCACCCUUGAUGGAUGAGAUACAAGUUAUUGCACGGGGACAACGUCAAAUUAUGCAUCAAUUGGACAAUCUGAGCAAUCUCCUACACGAGUGCUGGGGUGAGAGAUCCCGCCAAGGCAGAACAGAUAGGACAAGCAGAAUUGCUGACAUCGAGUUGAUCAGUGUUCCUCUUAUUUUGACUUUGGCAGUUGGUGGUCUAGGCAUCUUCUUGUUCAGGGGACUCUCAUCCCAAAAAUGAUGCCAGUGCUACACAGCACGCUUUUCUGUAGAAUGUAAAUUUGUCCACCUUGCAUGGGAUGCUUUUCAUCAUUGUAUAAAUAUGUUCACCUUUAUCAUCAUCAUUGCACAAAAAUGUUCACCUUUAUAUUGUUGUUAGCUGCUGUAGGUGGAGAUAGAGGAGGAAUCCAUGAACAGCUUCAUUUUGGUGGCAAAUUACAGCUUUUUAAGUUUUCUGUAGUAACGUUUUGUAAUCUGAUGUGAUGCUCUGUUCUGUGUA